UAUUUUAUUUUUAAUAACCUAAAAAUUGCGAAAAAAUGUUACUUAGAAAAAAAUGUUAUAAAAUUUCAUAAAAACAAUUUUUCAAUCUUUAGAUUUGUCAGUACAAUAUUUAAUAUUAGCAUUAAAAACAUUUCCAUUCUUUUAACCGAACCCCUUCUAUUAAAAAAUCAAAACAUCAAGAACAACAAAAAAAAACAAUUGAAAAACACUAAAUUAGCUACAAACCACCAAUGAAGGAACAAACACAAAGUGGAUGGCCCGAAUGUUUGCUUCAACAUCCUCAACAAUGCCGAGAAAUCAAAAUUAAUGCAAAGGCAAACUUUCAAAAAUUCAAGGCCAUUUCAAAAAAUUUUUUACAGGUCCCAUUGGACUGGGCUCUUCCACUUUAUGGCUUUUUAAUGCCCCUUGUUGUAGCUAUAACAGUACUUACAAAUUCAUUCAUUGUAAUUGUGCUUUCACACCGUUCACUACGAACACCUACAAAUUUUGUACUUGGCGCUAUGGCCAUUAGUGAACUUUUAACAGCACUUGUAUGCCUUCCAUGGCUUUUAUAUUACUAUACAUUCCAAGGGUUUGAAACAGAUGAACAUCAAGGCCUCCCAGCUUUUUGGUGUUGGCUAUUUCCCUAUUUGGCUACUAUUUUACCGUCAAUGUUUCAUACCUCUGCGAUUUGGUUAACAGUCUAUUUAGCUAUUCAAAGGUUUAUUUAUAUCUGUAUGCCCAAACUUGUUCAAAAACAAUGUACUAUGCAAAGAAGCAAACAGAUUGUUAUUUGCAUUUCUAUAGCUUCUAUUUGGAUUUAUGCCCCAGAACUUUUCGCAAACUACAACCAAUCCUACAACAUUUUUAAUUCUCAAACAAACAAAACUCGUUCCAUUUGUGUCAUGUCACAAACUGCUCUCAUUCAUUUAGUUGGAAACAAUUUUUAUCAUUUGUUGUUAUACGGACUACAUACAAUACUUGUUCACACAUUACCAUGCAUUCUCCUCGUAUUUUUUACGUGGAAAUUACUUACAGCAAUAAGAGAAGCAGACAAAAAACAUGCAAUUUUAAUUGGAAGAGCACCAACAAAACAACAACAACCUCAGAGAAAAUAUUCAGAAUCACCAGAAAAAUCUUCAAAUACAAUGCCUUUUAUUAAUAAAGAUGUUCGCUAUUCUUUUGAUGAAAGUGGAUAUAGUUUUAACAAUAAUUUUCCUAAAACAUCGAAUGCACCGAGAUACAGCAUUUCUGACACUAAACGUGUUCAUGGAUUGAGACAAAAUACGAGGAUGCUACUGGCCAUUAUUUUACUCUUCCUACUUACUGAAAUCCCAGCAGCACUUAUUUUUUCUGUUCAUGUUGGCUCAGUUGUUUUUAAAUUAACCUUCAUUUUAACUCAUUAUGCAACACUUAAUAAACUCUUAAUUAUUAGAAAUGUUCUCAUUGUAAUCUCAUAUCCAUUACGAUUCGCAAUCUAUUGUGGAAUGUCUGCGCAAUUUAGAGAAGUUGUUCAACAAAUGCUCAAUACAAAAAGACGUAAAUUCCUUCUUCUAAUAGUACACUCCCCAUAUUGGAAACUUCACGCAAAAAAUUCAAAAACUGAUGGUAAAAGUGACUCAACAAUAGUAAAUGAAAAAUGUGCUGUAGUACAAGAUUCUUUAUCAUCAACAACAGUUUUACUAUGGAGGGAAAGACAAGCAAAAACGAUGACAACAAAUCAUCCAAAGAUAAUAAAUGAAACAGAAAUUAUGACAAAUGGAAGUACAACACCAAUGUUGUUGGAACCAAAUAGAAAAGAAAAUGAUGGACAUAACUGCUUCAACAACAAUAGAAAUAAUAAUGAGGAAGAUGAAGAUAGAGAAUAUGAGAACGAGUAUAGAUUAUAA